AUGAACGAGUCCGAUCCCGACUUGCUGCUCAAGGUGGUCACCAAGGCCUCCGACGGGUCCGACAUUGGGACCUUCGCUUACCGAGUCGCUGACAAGCCCGUGGAAGUGGCCUUCGAGACUGUCGAGGUCGAGUUGCCGGCGGCUGCAUUGCGAUCAAUGCAGCAAGACCCAGACGAUCCGAUCGUGCUCAGCUUGACGAAGUUUGACAACAACUCACUUGCCUACAAAAAGUUGGAGAGUUUGGCCCAACAGUCCGACACGCGACUCCUAGCUGAGCCUCUGAAAAUGGCUUUCUACAACGCAGAAGGUCCCAUCACCGAGUUCUCUGCCGAUCCGGUGACGAUCACCAUGGAAGCAAGCGGCUUGAGCGACAUCAGAAGCUCUACGACUGCGCGUCGCCUACACACAGAAGUCGAGCCUGCCUGCGCUUUUUGGGACGACACUGCGAACGAAUGGUCGACGAUCGGAAUGACCCUUGCAGAGUCUGCAAAUGGCAUUGUCACCUGUGCAAUUAGGUUUGACCAGUUACCAACCAUCCCUGGCACAGAGGAGGAUGUGGAGGCCGGAGUGGAGGCAGUGCCUCCUCGGAAACCCAGCCUUUUCAAUGUCAUCGCUCGGGCCUUCGUCGCGACAUUUGGGUGUUCUGCAGCGGCACAGAUCUUCUCCUUGGAGGGCUUGGAAGCGCUGGUGGCGGAGAACCGUGGUUGGGUCAUCCGAUGGCCGGCCAUCGCCACCUGGAUCACGAUCGUGGCUGCCAUCGGCCUCCUCUUUCGCGCUCGACGAGCCGACAAGGAGUACGAGCAGAGGCUUCAGAACCUGCUCCAGAAGGACACGGCGUGCCAGCUGCUCGUGGAGCAAGCCGAAAAAGAGUUUCUUCUCUUCACGAAGUAUCGGCAGCUGAUGAAACUCCAUCAAGACCUCCAGUCUUUGGGUGUGAAGCGAGUGGCGUCCGAGACUGUGCAUUGGAGUAUGGUCCAAGCCCAGCUAGGCGUCGACUACGAGUUCCUCCACUCCCUCUACAUGGUCAGUGGCCAGACUGCGCUCCACCGCGAGGCCAGAAGUUUGUUAGAGAAGUUCCAUGCUGGCGACGUCUUCUGGCAGCUGCGUGCCUUGUACACCACCUACUGCCGGUGGUCCCAAGUGCUGGAACCUGCCUUGCGAGUCACCUGCACGGAGCGUGCCGCCGUCAGCCUCUGCAAGUUCUACAGCGGACUUGCAGUUGCUGCAGCCUUCUACAACCAGGGUGCUGCAGGUCUUGGACAAGAAGGAUGUGAGUUCCUGGAGACCGACCCUGUGGCAAAAAUCGUCCGCAACGUUGUAGUGGCCUGGGUCUCGGCCGUCGUCGGUCUGCUUCCAUUCCUGGUCCUGAUGCCUCUUUUCGAGAAGCUCCGUGGCCUUGAGUUACAAAGUCAGCACAUCAUCUUCUGGACAUUCGUUUCUGUCUACUUCCUCUGCAUGAUCGCCGUGUGCACCUUCCAGGCUCUCGUCAGCUACGAGGGCGCCCUCGAUUGGAUGAUCUCCGCGUUGUGGACUGUUACGUCGAGCAUUGUGUCUCCCAUUGCAGCCGCUGUCGGAGUGCUGCUGGUCCUCAGGGCCACCAACAUCAACCUGGAUGAGCACCUUCCUUUCGAGCCUCGGGAUGACCAGCGAUACAAGGUCACCUUGCGGAAGAUGGCGGUCUCAGGCAGCGACCUCCUUAAAUGGGUGGAACGUGACCGGUCCGAAAUCUUCGCCCGCUGGGAGAUUGCGGGGCACCCAGAAACCGCCGCUUUUGAAAGCAGCAAUGGGUUCAUCUGCCUGGACGGCGUCACCAAGCAACACGCAAUCCUUGCGUCAGUCUUCGUCAAAUCCCAGUCCCACUCAGUGCGCCUGGUGGGCCAUGCCGUUCUUCGUGGUGACUCCUUCAUAGACCACGGGAUCGAUGAAUUGAUUCCCCUCUACCAUCGCGGGCAGAAGCUGGAGGAUGCCUAUGUCCACGUUGCCAUCGAGCAGCCUAUUUUGAGCCAACUAGAGAACUUGCCCAGAAGCGGUCGGGGCAGCAUCCACAUGAGAACGUCGCGGAGCAAAGCAGCUCCCCCUGUUGCCGUGAUGCAAGACUGCGACCUUGCCGGUAUCACUUUCGAGAAGGAUGAAGUCGAUUUCAUGGGCGAUGAGAGCUUUGAGAAUUUCCCAAGGAACCUUGACCACUGUAGAAUAUCUUUCCCUGCAGACGAUCUGAACCAAUUAGAGAGCUUGGUGAGAGCAUCGGGGAGCAAAGAAGCUCUCCCUGCUGUCCAGAUGCAAGAAUGCGACCUUGCCGGUAUCACUUUCGAGCAGGAUGAAAUCGAUUGCAUGGACGAGGAGAACUUCCAAAGGAAAUCUGGCUUCAACGAAGCAGGCACUGGUCCGGCCAACGACGACGAGCCCCACGCGGCAGGCAUCGGCGACAUCGGCACGGAUGUCGCGGUCGUCCCAGGAGUCGCAGACAGGCCUGGCCAGCCCGCUGCAGCAAACAAAGGCAUGUACAGAGUCGGAGACCCUGUGCUUCUUCAACUGUGUGGCAGGCUCCUGGCAGGAGCUGUGGUCGAUCCAGGCUCAAGCUCUGCGACAGUCCUUGUCGAUGAGCAGCUUUUUCCAGUCGCCCUCAGGCAGCUGAUGCCAGCCUUCGAAGAGUUCGAAAGGGUCCAAGUGCUCUUGCAAGGUGAGCAGUCACAGCCUGGGCGAAUUCUACAAGAGGUGACCGGAGGCUUCCGCGUCGAGUUGGAGGUCUCGGGUGGCGUUGUCGUGGUCCAGCCGGAGUGCAUGCAGCGGCGCUUUGAGGAGGGCUCAACCAUCUUGCUUUAUCGAAACGGCUGGGUAGAAGCCACUGUCGUGCAAACACUUGUGGAAGAGAAUCUGCUGCAUCGAAGCGAGGAUCGAGUUCAGGUGCGUUUCAUGUCAGACGAUUGUUCCGUGCCGUCGUGGCAGGUGAAGGCACUGCCAGGUGUCGUCUUUUGUUGA